AUGGGCCGCGAUUGUUGUGUAAAAUAUUUGCAAGUGCUUGUUUGUACGCAUUCAAAUAAAUGGGUCACCUGCCAUCACCACUACCACCACCACCACAGAUACACCAGGAAGGAGAUCUUGGUACCCGUGCACUUGUACGGUCAGCUGGCCCAGCACGAAAGAGGUAUCCAGUUGUUAAGGAGUGAAGACCAAACGUUGACGUAUUAUUUCAACUCCAUCAAGUCGAAUUUGAGCAAGAUGACCGCUGCAGCAUCACCUUUCACUCCAUCGACCUCAUCGUCAUGCACUCCAUCUACAUGGCGUCCCACCUCAUUGCACGAGGGCUUCAUGGGUUUCGGUGAUAAGGAUGGGGAUAAGAAGGAUGGGGACGAGGGUGAGAACGAGUUGCAGCGUAGUGAUGCCGAUGUGGGAAGUUUCGACGUCAUCCUGUUGAAGACCAUGAAAGCUGCUCUCUGGAUCGCU